UUAGACUGAUAGAAGGAUCUUUUCAUCUGCGCUCUAUACAUUUAAUCGAUAGAGAAAGGAAAAGUAAUUUUUUCUCCCCGUUGAUUUGAUAUGUCUCGAGUGUGUUUUUACGUCUGCAAGACGAGACGAAUGAAACUUUUGUCUGCUUCGAACGAAACAAGGUACGCGUUUACAUUUUAGAGGCAAGCGUCUUCACCUCUGAUCAUUCGUCUCAUUUGUCCAAUCUGCGCGGACUCAUCUUCAAUUUUAAUCAUCAACGGACGAUUCGUCGCGAUUUAUCGCGCGUAUACGCGCCUCUGUUCGCGCGCGAAACUUCGAUUUUCGAGCGGUCGACGAGCGCGGUGCCACGCCAGCUAUCGCGCGCUCGAACUCUCAUACCAUAUUUGAUCAAAAACGUCGCGCGACGGCUGUGUGCCUUUUACUUGGCCGUGUUGGCUAGUGCUACGCCGCGGUAUCGACGACGCGUUCUAAAUGUUACCUCUCCGGCGAGGAGUCAGAGCGAGGUUAGGAGCGAGGAGAGGAGCCCUAAAAACGACAACGGAACAUGGAUGGGGAUUGACUGAUGUCAUCGACCGUUCUUAAGGCGACGCCGCGUUCGAAAUUUCAGCAUGACUGGCGAUAAUCGAUUUCGUUUCAGCUCGGUGAGAGCUGGAAACUAUCAACUAAGGUACACAAGGACAAAUUCUUACCCUUGGUGGCAAGCAUUUAGUACACUGGCAUGUCUGACCAAAAUGUCACCAAGCAGAAAAACUUGGAACUUCCAGUUGUGAAAUAUACAGGCACUAUCAUACUUCUGGAAGCAGGCAUUUAGGUUGAUCAUAUAGUUUAUAUAAUGAGGAUUAAUUAUCACCAGACAUUGAUCAAGCAGAAACUCGACAGUCAGCUGUGCAUCCUGUACACAAGAAAUAUACGUGAUGCUGUUGUUUCCAAGUUACUUGCAGCUAUAUGACCAGCUGCACGAUGCUGAGGACUGUCCAAAUCACCAUUGUACUGAUGCCUGUAUAAUGCUCGAAGAAUUCUGCAUAUUUGCCACAGAAUUGGCGCGUCUGUGCGAGCGAGGAACAGCUGUUCCUAUGAACGCCUCUCGCUCAUUACACGGUGAUGGAAAGGAUACUAAUCACAAAAGUGGCUCAAAGAGGAUGGCAUAUGAGGUAUUUUUGGGCGGGUCUUGCAAUCCAACCACCUGGAGGUCAGAUAUAGCGAUACCGACUCUUCAGAACCUCGGAAUUACUUAUUACAAUCCUCAAGUGUCGCAAUGGGGCCCAGAACUGAUAGCUCAGGAGUACGAGGCAAAGCAAACAGCGCGGGUCUUGCUGUUCGUGAUCGACAAUCAGACGCGUAAUAGCGCUGGCAUCAUCGAAGCGGCUCAACUGGCAGCUACGCGCAGCGAGUCCCUGGUCCUCGUCAUUUAUCCGUAUCGCCAGGGACAAACUAUACUUGGAGAAACGGUCUCUGUGCAAGAAUAUUACGAUUUGAUGAAUGGAUUGUUAGUACUUCAGUACCUAAUGGAGAGGCAGAGGAUACCAAUAUUCGAGAGUGUGUCGAUUGCUCUUCAUUGUACGUCCAAGAUGCUACGCGAAGAAAUCAAUGUACAAGAUUGCACGGACUUGCACACUGAGGAUGGCAUCAAACCUAUAAGAAUCUCGCUCACUCAAAAUGGAACAGAUGCAGUAACGUUGCGGGAAAUCUUCAAGUCUAUGGACGUUACUGAUAGCGGUACGGUAAAACUGGGGGAAGCUUGGGUGAUGUUGCAAUCGAAUGCAAUGUGCAAUGUGUCUCUCUCUGAUCUGCUCAACACGGUGAAUAAAUCCGAAACGUGCAGGAGCUUGAUAGACGGAUUUCCGGCGAAAGGGGACCCGACGGAACUGCGGAUCAAUUUCGAGCAGUUUUGCGCCCUGGCCAGCGAGUCGUCCUGGACGCGGACGAAGAGUAAUGGCGUCACUUGUGAAAGUGAGAUACCUUCAGUAUGGAAUAUAUUAUAUAGGAAGGCCUCAAAUUUUCUACGCCGAGCUAUCGUACAUCCUUUUAAUCGUUUCCUAGAUUGGACCAAUUCCUUCGUACAACAGGAACCCGAGAAGAGGGACAUUUAUAUCGGUGUCGUCAGUAAAGAUCUGUUUUGGUUGGAAUCUUCCGCUGUGCCGUUGCUAGAAUCAAUGAGAUUGUCUCUCUAUCGACCAAGCCUGAACGAGUACAAUGUAAGGUUGUUGCCGCAAGAAUUACUAAAGAUGAAGAACUCGCGGCUGAUCCUGUUAAUAGUGCCGCAGCACUCGCGCGGUAUCGCCAUUAUGGCGUUGGCAGCUCACUUGAUUGGACUGCGCGCUAAGCUCGUCCUCUGUGUUCAAACUCUUCCUGAAAGUACUGUCGUGUCUGGUGAACAGCUGACUGAACAAGCCAGAAAAGACUACAACCGGGGGAGGAUGUACUUGUCGGACUACGCGACGCGCGAAGGUGUACCUGUUUUUCAGAAUAUCGCUGAUGCUCUGCAACACGCGAUACAAUUAGUUCAAAGUCCCUGUUGACUUAAUAAUAUUGCUCUUUCUGUUUUUUUUCUAUUUUUUUUUUUUUUUUUUUUUUUAC